CCCAGGAACCCAGUAACUUGUCCCACUGUAUAUUUAUUAGGGCUUUGGGGUUUUUCUCGUCUUUCCAGUAAAUCUCAGACCUCAUACCUCUUGAUCUGGUUAUACUUUUAAAAAGGCCAUUUUGGUAAGGCAGAGAGCGAAAGAAGCAUUAUCCAAGUUGUGCGGGCGGCGAGCUGUGCUUCCUGGUAUAUGUCUCGUCGUUUAGGAUCGGGAACUUUAAAAUCUACCUCUUAUCCCCACUUCGUUACCAUUUCGAGGCGAACUUUGCGUAGGAAUCGUUAGCAUAAGACUAUUCCGCUCUACUAGGUAGUGAAGAAAAUACGGCCAACUUUGUUCUUAGCACGAUGGGGACAAUCCGAGAUCUCCGCGCGGGCCGCUCGAAUCAACCCUGGGUUGAUUUUCUGGAUAACGAGAUCGCUACAACUGACUCGCAAACCGCCAGGCAUGCAAUCGUCAAAAUCUUCAGACGUUCCCUUUUUUCGGCGAGGGGGUGUCUACCUUCAGAUGCGGCUCUGCAGAUAGAUACUUACUAUGAAGAAACAUAUCUGGCGUCCAACCCGGCGCUGAAAGACCAGGAUGACAAAGGCAUGAUCGAAUUCCUUACCGGACUUUACGGAGUUGUCUCCGACUUGGUUUUAAUCAUACCCUACCACCACGGUUUACAAUACGCCAUCAUUGACUUACUCUUCGAACUUCGACAUCUACCGUCGAGGCAGAUCAAAAUUGAAAAUGAGGAUUACAUUGUCUACGAGCACGAACCCAUAAUCGAAAGGAUGAUGGGUCAGAAAUGGGAAAACCACUCCCCAAAAGAUGACACUAACCCAGAGGAGCUCGAGAGGAAGUGUGAAGAAUGGGUCAACAUUUCCGCCUUCAUUGCCCGCUGUAUCGAAGCUGGUUUCAACGACCAAUUCAAAGAGAAGUGUAAAUUCCCCUGCGUGGACAUUCCGAAAGCUCUCGAGGAGGACAACCCCCCUGGAGUUAGGCGUAGCUGCUUAAUAAGAGUGGCAGUGCAGUACAUCAUGAUAGCAGGCCACAAGAUAUGCCAGCAGAAGAUCGGAAAAGGCAAAACUGAAGAGCAACAAAUGUGGCUCGGAAAGUGGAAGAUCUGGGCAGAGAAGCUGCUCCAACUUGCCGAGCGAAAUGAGCUUGAGCCAGGCCUGACGUCCGAAGUGCGAGAGGCCCACGGGACCAUGGUGGCAUUGCAACCUCGCUUAUUCAAGUUUACACGUUAGAUAACGAGAUCGUACGAGGUGUUCGGGCGAGUUAUUCGCCUCGGGAAUUUUGGUAUCUUGGUGAGGUGGCCAGACCAUGAUUCACUAUUUUCAAUGUUUUCACGUCUCCUAGGUAUAUUUCCACUUGCAGCGUGGUUGCUUUAGGGGGCGUUUAUGUGCUAGAUUUCAAUUCCCCCUCAGUGGAUCAGAUUACGUUGGAUGGUUGGUACCAGGGGCUCGAGCUUUUGUUAGGAGGCGUUUUACGAGCGUCGUGUGUACUCGGAUUCUUUGCAGUGGCUUCCUUUAUUCGCGGGGGUCUUCACGUUACUGGGGUUUACUCGAUCUUUCUAUCUAGAUAGGUAGACAAUAGAUUGGGCGCGGAAGUAGGUAGAUCAACUUGAUACGUCGAAUUGAA